UGUUGGUUGUGCACCUGAUAGUGACCCAACCUAAAGCCGGGCUACUUCCUGCUUCUUGUCCUGCAAUGUUUAACCCGGCAUUCAUUCGCUUGUUUGAGCUCUUACCAGAAUUCAAAUAAAGCUGAAAAUAUAGGCCGAUUCGAAAAUCUCCUAGUUACCUCUGGACUACAGAUUUGAUGUAGAGUCUACCUAUGGAGAGUAUGUCACUCCAGACCUCCGUCCUCCAUGCCUGCUCACCCAGGCUUCACUCGACAGGAGCAGAAUGAGCCUAUGAACAAUCUGCGUAUCUCUGUAGGAGGCCUCCCUAUGUUGGCUUCCAUGGCCAACACCACCGACCCUCGUUUCCGCCUGAAGUGGAAGCCCAUCGUGGUGGUGGCCUUCUCCCUGGCCUUGCUUCUGCUGCUCUUCAUGCACUUGAGCUCAGGCUUGCGCUCUCGCUCCUACGGCUCGCACGGCUGGAGAGCCGGUCACGUCGACACCCAGCAAUCCGAUUCUCGCUACAACGACACUUACCCUCUCAGUCCGCCGGAGCAGACGCCGCAGGGCACCCGCUACCGCAUUGGGGUCAUUGCCGACCUGGACACGAGCUCUCGCAGUGACAAGAAGCUGACAUGGUUCAGCUACAUGCGGCGGGGGUACCUGUUGGUGUCCCAAAGUGGUGACAAGGUAGCAGUUGAGUGGGACACGGACAGGGUGGUGCUGGAAAGCCACCUGUCGGAGAAGGGCAGGGGUAUGGAGCUGUCUGAGCUGGUGGUGUUCAAUGGGAAGCUCUACAGCGUCGACGACAGGACAGGCAUAGUCUACCACAUUGAUGGCGACAAGGCUGUGCCCUGGGUCAUCUUAACUGACGGCGACGGCAACGUUGCCAAAGGGUUCAAAGCUGAGUGGUUGGCAGUGAAGGACAAGCGCCUGUACGUCGGCGGUCUGGGGAAAGAGUGGACCACCACUGAAGGAGAGUUCGUCAACAACAACCCAGAGUGGGUGAAAGUAGUGGGCUUCAGAGGGGAUGUACAGCAUGAGAACUGGGUUCCCAAGUACAAAUCUCUUAAGUCUGCCGCAGGGAUAGCGCCUCCAGGGUAUCUCAUCCAUGAGUCAGCGGCGUGGAGCAACACCCUGCAGCGCUGGUUUUUCCUCCCUCGCCGCGCCAGCAAGGAGCGCUACGAGGAAACAGCGGACGAGCGCCGCGCCACGAACCUCGUCCUCAGCUGCUCACCAGAUUUCAAAGACAUCAUUGUAAGUCGAGUGGGUCCUCUUAACCCCACUCACGGUUUCUCCUCCUUCAAGUUUGUCCCCAAUACGGACGACCAGAUCAUUCUGGCACUCAAGUCGGAGGAAGACGCCGGAAAGAUUGCCACGUACAUCAUGGCCUUCACACUUGACGGACGCAUCCUUUUACCUGAAACCAAGAUUGGGGACGUGAAAUAUGAAGGCUUGGAGUUCAUUUAGACUGAGAGACUUGCUUUUGAGGCCACUGCACUGUUGUACUAUUUUGUUUACAAUCCAGUCACUGUUGAAGUAACUGUACUCGCUGUUUCCUCAUUGAGUUUGUUAAAACUCUAACCCUUAAAGGAUCAUCCUCAGUAUAAAUAGAACAAUGGGGCUGAGACUGUAAAAUGUGGUCCUGUUUCGGGUUUUUGAGAAAGUGCCAGUCGAAACAGACAAUGCCAGCAUGUCUUGUGGUGGAUCAUUUCCUUCCAAGGCCAAAGGUGGCCCUCAACAGCACUGUAGCCUUUCUUCUAAUGAAUGUACAAAAGAUGAAUUUGUCAGACUGUGAGUUUUUUUUCCAUAAAGAAAACAUUUUCAUGCACAUACUGCACACUCUCAAAAGGUCAGGAGGUUUUUUUUCCCCCUUUGCUCCAUGUUAUCAUUCUGUACACACCACAAAGUUAUUUUCAGUAGAAUAACUAAAGGCCUGUUUUUAUUCUUCAUAAAUCUCAACAUUAUUCGAAGGACAUUUUGUGAAAAUUUGAUUAUAUUGUAUGUACUGUUUUUGGUGGGAUGAGUAAAAGCUUGAUUCCUA